UAUUGAAAUUUUCGUUAUUGUCGCUGGGUACACACUGCUAUCUCAGAGGUUUGGUGGGUGACAGCAGUUUUAUAUUAGAUUGUUGGCGCUCCACCGAAGGAGGAAAACAGUCGCAGGACCUCGUAGCAGCCGAGGUUGUGCGCCAGGGGGUGUUUGCCCUUUUGAAUUUCAAACGAAAUGAACGUAAACGAACUAAAACAAUACCAGCUGUUUGUGCAGGAGAUGCUAACUAACUAGCUAGUAGGCUACUUUGCUAACCAGCGUCCACUGUGAAAAGUAACGUCCGAAUAAAAGAAGGCAGAAACAACCAGAGCAUCUUCACUACCUCCAGCUACAACAACAACAACGUUGCAUAGCCAUCAUGACUCCCUGUGAGGUAGACUAUGCCCUGCAAACGCUGAUGUCGAAAAUAAAGGCGAGGGAGUUGGAGUCGCAACGGGCGAUGAACGAACACGUUCUGACAAACAGACUCUUGAAACGUCAGCUUCAGGAACUUCAGAACCGACUAGAGUCAAAAGAGAGCCAGUUAGCUGAUGCCAACGAGACUAUCCGGGCUCUUCGGAGUGUGACUCAGAUCAUCGCUGGUCUGCAGGAUGAGAUCAGGGCCCUGCGCACACAGCUGCUGACGCCCCAAGUUCACAACCAUCGAUCAAUCACCACACAGAUCCGGAACCCAGCAGCCAUCUCCGGUCCAAUCAGAAUUCAGGCCCCUGAUGACCUGUCCCGUCGCACUCUCUCUCACCCCACUGAAGCUGGCCCCACAUGUUCAGACUACAUUUCCCAGAAUUCCUCCAAAGAGUGCACCCUUCUGAAAAUCAUCUCGGAAUGCGGAAGGACAACAGAAGUUGCAGUUCCACGUGUAAAAGAGGAGGAGCAGGAAGUUGAAAUGGAAGGAGGGGAUGAGGACGGAGAGAGUGAGGGAGGGGUCGCCGAGGAAACGGUGAAGUUGGAGAACGACGGCGAGUGGGACGGGUGUUUCGAAUAUAACCAUGCAGCGCACGGCAGUGGAGAACUACCAGACAAGGAGUCUUCGUAUACCUUCAGCAAUCAUGACUUGGCUGCCAUUGAAGCGGCAACAUCCGCGUCUUCUUCGCGUUCUUCCGAUUCUGCUGCAGUCUUGAAUGCGUCUAACUCUCGGAAAAGGCAGGUGCCGGACACCCCUCUAGAUAGCCAGUCAGCAAGUGUGAUGGUCCACACUGCGCUCUGUGAGAAGCUCGGGGGUGACAGGAUAUUUCAUGAGUAUAAUAAGAUGAAAUGUCUCUCAGAUGGAACAAGGAGGAAGAUGGUCAACAUACUAGUGGCAGACAUGAUGGAAAAUCAUGGAAGGCCCCCACCAGCAAGUAUUCGAGUGUCUUAUGCGCUUGGAAUAGUAACCUUAUUCCCUUUCUUGAAGGAUCUGAACUCCAAGAAUGGUUAUGUAAGUAUUUGGAUAAAGGGCGAACAACAUGCAUGAAUACUGAAGACUGAAGGAAACGAUAAUCUGUUGCUAAAUAUGGUCCGUCAUCUGAUGUGAUCAAACGUACAGUAUAUACUGCAGAUGUCGCACUCUGCAAGAGCACUAAUAGCUAAUAAUGUAAUG